AUGAUAUUGUAUCCAAUGGAUGUACGGCUGUUAGACUGCCCGUCACUGAUCACCUUCAUAUAAAUCAGAAAGAUUUCUGCACAUAUCCACGAGGAAUAGGCAAGCUCACUGUUGUCUGGUAUUUGUCCAAGUACUUUCUUGAAGAAGCGCAAUUAGCCAUGAGAUACUUCCUUCUAGCCGUGGUGGUCUUCGUGGUACUGGUUGACCAAGCCGUGUGUCUAGAUUGCCAGCCAUGCAAUGCUGUUACAUGUGGAAAGCCGCAUGGAUGCCGACGAAGAAACUACGUGAAAGACGAUUGCGGCUGCUGUAAUGUAUGUGGCACUAAAUUCGGGCAGCCUUGUUCUGCAUUGACACCAAGGUGCGCAAGGAAAAUGUGGUGUAUCAAGAUAGUUGGGAAUUCCGCUGAGGCCAAGAGAGCCUUCGGUCCGCAGGAUCCUUUCACCGGCGUAUGUGGAAGAAUUAAAGUCCCCAGCCAGCCUGGAGAUGAUAUUAAAGUUCCAUAACCGCCAACCACGUCCGCCCCGCAACUCACGCAAACCAUUGUCGACAUUGCUGAC